AUGGUCGACAAGCGUGAUGAUGGCUCCGGGGAGCGGAAGAUGCGUAUGGUUGUUAAUUACCAGGCUCUGAAUGCCCUUACAGUCGCUCCUGAUUUUCCAUUACCUCCCAUUCAAACCAUCCUGGAGAUGCUGGGAGGCACCAAGUACUUUUCCACUUUGGUCCUUGAAACAGGAUUCCAGCAAAUACGUAUGGCUAAGGAAGACCGCUGGAAGACGGUUUUCCGUUCCGUUCUAGGGCUAUUUGAAUAUCGAGUUAUGCGCUUUGGCCUUAAGGAUGCUCCAGCUACGUUCCAGGCCAACAGUAAUGCCUAUCUACAGCCUUUAUUAGGACAGCGUGUUAUUGCGUACCUAGAUGAUGUACUUACUUAUAGUUCCGACCUCUUUGGACACGUUUCCCUCCUGCGACAGAUUCUCAGCGUUUUCCUGGAAAACCAAUUCUACCCAAAAUUCUGCAAAUGCAAGUUCGUUAGGCAAGCAAUCACAUAUUUGGGUUAUACCAUCACUGCCGAAGGCAUCAAACCUGCAGAAGACAAAAUCGAAGCUAUCCGGCACUGGCCAGAGGUGCUGGAAAAUGAAACGCAAGUGCGGCAGUUCCUCGGCACCGUAAAUUACUGUCGCAUGUUCAUGAGACCUGAUUAUGCAGACGUUUCGCGGCCUCUGGUUGAUCUUACACGUUUCAGAUGGACAGAACUUCACACAAAGACGGUGCAGCAGCUCAAACAGCGUUUAAUCGAUUUCAGUACAUGGCCGCGAGCCUUCUCGAAGUGUCUUGUUUUCCGCGCUCCGUACGAAGUCCCUGCAAAAUAA